CAGACACAGAGAGAGGGAGAGAGGAUAAAUCCCCUCAAAAUUGAGCAGCCUUGGAGGUAGCAUAUCGCAUCUUGACUGUCUGCUUGGUGAGCUGUCUUAGAAGUUGUACCGGGCACGAUCAGUUUCUUGAUCCAACAUGUUCUCCUCCUCCGCUGCCGCCACGUUCCUCGUGCUUGGUGUAAUAUCCUCGGCAGCGUGGGCGGUGUUCCGAUGGCGAAAGGCUCAACACGCAGCCCUUGACCCGGCAGUUUCUCGACUGUACAGAGACAUCACGCCGCUGCGUCUGGAUUGGAAAUCCAAAGAGCAGAUCCAAAAUGCGCCGUUGAAAGGCACCUACCACCUUACGAUGGCGUUGCAGACGUGCUCGUUCGACGAGAUGAUCGAUAUGGACAAGACAUACAUGGACAAAGUCAUGCUCCGACGGCAGAUUCUCAAAUCCGAAACCAGGACCGCCACGCAGGCUAAUCCAGUCGCCUCCAACGCUGUCCAUGAGCUGUACGAAUGGAUGUUCGGCGUCUACCUUCCGCAGCGAUAUCCGACGAUGUUCUCUCGCCUGGACGAGAAAGGCGUGCUUCACAACAUCGCCUUGAAUGAGUACAUACCGCUCACGCCGCCGUUAGACCCUGUGGAGUGCCUCACGAUCCUAGGGUCACACGUUGACACGGACUUCCUUCUCCUUCUGCCUGUCGCAGAUCCCAAGGCCAGACCGACCCGGGCCCUUCCAACGCCAAAUCCAGCCUUUCCGUACCAUCUCCACGCCUACGUUGUCUGCUUCCCGUCGGGCUUCGACAUGAAGCAAAAGUUCGGGCUGCCUCUUGCCGCCAUUCACCGGCCCGUGCCCGGGUACGCGCAGAAGCUGGAGAAAUCCAUGGACCGCUUCUUCACCACCCUUCCGUUCGGCAAGGUGGUCAAAAGGGCAAAUUGGGCCAUCCAACAGGGUCCGGCACUGUUCAAACCCAGCGGCAACCACUUGGCCACGACGCUCAAGCCGGAGACGAUGGCGCCGCCUAAACACGAGCCCACGGAGCAAGAGUUGAAGGAGUGGGCAGAGGACGCCGAGAAGGUCGUUCCUGAAGAAUGCAUGUUGAGAAGCGAGAGGCAGACCUUGCAUCGGUUGGAGAGGUCUGGCGCGUUGGUGUUUGCGUUCAAAACAUAUCUGUAUCCCCUGCCAGAGGUCAAGGCGGCGGGCUUGGGCGAAGACCUGGCCGAUUCCGCCGAAGGUCUGUGGAAAGGAAGUGUGCCGGCGAUGGCAGUGUAUAAGCGGGGCGUGGUAUGGGCUCGCAAAGUCGUAGAAUACUUAAGAGCACCGUAGCUGAUGUGCGGACACUUAAUCUAAGGAGGAUCAUACGGUUCAUGGCAAUAGAUGGGGAAGCUAGAUGAAUGUGAAAAGGGACGUCUUUUGUUCCCGGUUACGCAUGAAAACGAAAAAUGC